UGUAAAAUGAUGUUCAACAGAAACAGCUACAUGUGAAACAGACAAAACACCGGCACUAUUUCAGAAGAGUGAGAAAAUGGACUUCAUAUUCACUUCAUGAAGACUUUUCUCCACUGAAUGACAUGGCGUUUUAGUUGAACAGCCAGAGGACAGCCAGAGGACAGCCAUGGACGCCCUGCCUGUCAGAGGAUCACAGCUCUCCCCAGAGAAACCCUUUGACCAGAAAGUGGACCUCAGAGCAGAGAAACGUGAAUACCUGCGAGGACGUAACAACGUGACUUCAUGUCGCAGCCCAACAAGAGAGCUGAACACCAGACUGAUCAAAAAUGAACUGAAGGAAAAGAGGCAUCUUGAAUUCCUCAGGAGGAGAUCAGUGAGCCCAGAGCCGUGUGGUGAAAAUAUUUCCAACUAUUCUUCCAGGAGGAAACUUUCACCAAACACGUUUUCAUUGAAACAUUACAGUUCAUUCAGCAAGUCAGAGACAUUGCAUACAAACAUCCAAAAUACUCCCACUGCAAAUGGAAGGCUUCCAAAGAUUAUUUUAACACCCAACAGCAAAAUAUCUGAUGGCCCAAGCACCAGCAACUGGGCUGCAUUAUGGUCAGAACAGGUAACACUAAGCCAGGAGAAAGGCAGCGCUAGAAGUCCAGCAUCUAUCUCUCCACCAGAGAUAAAGGAAACAACCCAGAGCAGGAAGAAAGGCACAGAUACAAGAGAGACUAUAAAUGGUCAAAAUACAAACAUCAAAACAUUCAUCCAAACAGAAAAGAUCCACAAAAAAUUCAUCAUCAAAACUGAAAAUAUUCUGCAAAAGAAGAUAAUGCACGAGUCCAGUGUGCAGACUUUGUCUGGUUUUGUCACUGUGAAGGAGUCAGAUCUUCAGAGGUUGACUGACUACUUGCAGGAGGCCCUGUGGAGAGAGGAGGCUGUGAGGAAGAAGCUAGCAGCCCUCCAGGAGAGCACAUCAAACCUUGUGAACUCCUCCAGCAAAAUAUGGACGGCUCGCUGCUCUGAAGACCUGCUGAGAAACAAGAUCAAGGCUCUGGAGGCGCAGCUGCAAGUCAGCCUGCAGAAGUUUCCCAAGGAUGGAGUGAAGAGACUGGUGAUACAGAUGGAGAAGCAGAAAAUGGUGUAUGAGGAGAAGGCCCUGGUCACACUGCAGAAGGUCAUACAGGAGAAAACUGAGGCGCUUUGCAAGGCUGAGACACUGCAGGAAGCGCUCAUAAAAGUAAACGCAGAGUCACUGAGGUGGCAGAGCCUUUAUGAGGAGCUGAAGCUGAACUCUGUACAGCUCCAGGAGAACCAACACCUCAGUGAUGAUCAACUGCAACAGCUGCACAGCCAAGCGGAGCUGUCUAGAGGCAGAGAGUCCGGGCUGAGGCAGGAGGUGGUGUCAUUGAGACAGGAGAAUAAGGACAUACGGUACAACGCUUCCCUGCUGGAAGAGGACAACCAGACCUUAAGAGAGGAAAUUCAGGACCUCAGAGAUGUCAGCAAUAAGAGCCAGGACUUGAUGAUGCAGGAGCGUGUGAUGUCAGAGGAAGCAGAGACACGACAGGCGGAGAGGAGGGACUCUGAGGUGGAGAAAGAGCUCCGUCACACUCAGGAGAAACUCCAACUCAAGGAGAGAGAGUGCGAGGAGCUGCAGACAGAGCUGCAUGCCGUGGAGCAGGAGUGUAAGUCCAGCCAGGCCCGGCUGUCGCAGUGCAGGGACGAGCUCCGGCAACUCAGCCAUCAUCGCAGGAGACCGACGCGGUGUGGCUCCUGCUGGAAGGUGUGUUUGUUCCUCCUAUUUCUCCUGGCUGUGGCGGGGGUUGCCAUGUUGUGGCUGUGGCAUCCUCCUUUCAGGGAGCAGGUUAAAGACCUGCACUCAGACAUAGAAACACGUAUCGAAGACUAUCUCAUGGACAUGGCCUCUCCUCAACACUCAGGCUGUUUUAGACCCAUAUGAUGUCAACAUUAUUUUAUUGUCGGUUUUUUGUUGCUUUUGAUGAUCUUUUUCUUCUUCGUCUGGGAUGUAGGGUGCAUUUAGUUAAUAUUUUUGGAUUUGAUCAAAUGUUUGACUUGGAGCUCAAAGUUUGUGUGAACAGUUUUUGUUGCCAUAUGUGGGAUGUUUGCAGAAAGUUCACCUCCAGUGUGAACAUUUUUUGUAAUGUUUACAACAAUUAAAAAGCACUGUGACAUUAAUAGUUUUCUGACAUUAAUAACAUUUUGAGAAACUGUGAGUUAAUAGUCUCAAAAAAAUAGUGAGGUAUUCUACUGUAAACUUGUUUUGUCAAAAGCACCCUAUUUUAUAUUGAAAAAGCCAUGUCAAAAUGAAAUAAAAUAUAAAGUCAAGAAAAACCUGUUCUCAAUUAAAGAAAGAAUGGAGAGCAAGGAAAAUGAAAUAGCAAUUCAAGUUUUACAGACGUUACGUUAUAAUAUUGUACAAAUGUGCCACUAGUUAGAGUCUAGAGUUCAUCGUGCUUUGGGUUAAUAAAAGAUUUGUAAGACACUGUUAACUAACUAACUUAACUAACUAAUCUGUGGGACUAAUAAAGGUAUUCUGAUUCUGUUAAAACCCCAGCUGUCAUGUCAUAUCGUUUAUAGUUAUUAAUAAAACUCAAGUGUGUUCAAGUGAAACUAAA